CCCGUCUUUUCUAUCGCCUAGCAAUCGUCACCAUUAAAUGGGACUGACAAGAUCCUAGUAGAUAAUAGGCAGUUUUCACUUUUGUACUACUGUAAUUGUAAACAGGUAGGUUGAUAGUUAAAGCAGAGCACAAAGUGUAAUAUUGGCGCACGCAAGAGCGUUGUGGCAGUAAUUUAAAUUGUGUUGUUGCUAGGAGAACGUGAUUGUGGGAAACAAUUCCCAAAAUCAUUCGGCACUUUGGUCGGAGAGAUCGGACCUAUGACCAUGAUGUUCCCCAUCCCCGCCUACUUGAGUACUGUAAGGGACUACUCCAUGAAAACAUGGACGUUACUCGAUGAUUAUUCUCCGGUGCCUCAUUUGUUACCAGAUUUACCUUUGGCAAUGACUAUUGUCUCCUGGAACGUAAAUUUUGUUGCAAAUGUUGUGGCCCGGGAGAGGCUGCGCUGCGCACUUGAGCAUAUCCGGCGCGUAGUGUCAUUGUACCCCCAUCCUUGCUGUAUUCUUCUCCAGGAAAUACGUGGCCCAGGUUUCCAAACUAUUCUGUCGACGGAUUGGAUCCAAAACUGCUUUUUCGUCAUUCCACAGUCAGAAGCGACAGACGACAAUGGGUAUGGUUGUGUCACCUUGAUUUCGAACAAUCUACCCCUCGUCGGAGCUUGGUCACUUCCCUUUCCAUCGGAAAUGAACAGAAGUGCCAUACUGACCGACCUGCUUUUCGCCUCGGGCCCUGGUCGCCCGCCGGUGAAAGUGCGAUUGGCCAAUGUACAUCUCGAAUCCCUUUCAUCUGGCGCUGGAGCCAGAGUCAUCCAGCUGAAUAUCACUGCCGAAAGGCUACGCGACGUCGGCGUUGACUUUGGCAUUGUUGGUGGUGAUAUGAACGCGAUCUCUAAUUCGGACAAGGUUCUUCCUGAGUCGUGCGGAUUAGUAGAUUCUUGGAAGGGAGCAGAAUAUGACGAAAGUGGAUUCACAUGGGGAUACCAACCUACCAGCAGGUUUCCACCUGGCAGGCUGGACAAAAUAUGUCAUACGUUGCCGCAGUCAUUCAACUUCACCCUUGAUGUUCCUCGUCGAAUCGGAGUCGACUUGAGGUCCCCGACUGAUAGAUGGGUCAGCGACCACUACGGACUGGCGACAAUUUUCAGGGUCCUAUGACGCAUCUUUGAGGCUAAUACCACCUUUCCAAUCCUACCGCUGAUAGCAACUGUUUUCUGGUAUCACUACUUUCCUAUACCCUUCCUUCGUUUCCAGGCGGCAAAUUCAUAAUUCUCCACGAACCGUUCCGUACCCUUGAUCAUCUAGCAGUACAUCUGUCACGCAAAAUCUCACUUGUGAUGAGCAGGCAAAAGACUAUUUUUUGUUCUUUCGCUACUCUCCCACAACCGGGACGUGCGAACCGGACGUGCGCUCUACAACAAUAUGCACGACGUUGAUCGAAGCGCUAUA